ACUGUUGUCGCGUCAUCAAUUCUCACAGUGUCGGCGUCAGCGAAUAACACUGUAAACGCGCGCCAACGAUUCGAUUGCAUAUGAUUCUUCCUCUGUAAAUUGUAAUGCAAGCUAAUCUCAUUAAUCUCUGACAUGCAUCAAGUAUUUUGUGAUAUCUCAUCUUCCAGAGUACGUGAUCUUGAAGAAAUUAUCCAUGUGAUUUCUCACCCAUGCAUUGUUUAUUCAUUCGUCUACCUCACUGCAGCUUCGAUUCGAUCAGAUUCACAAAUCUCAGGAACAAAUUCGUCUACCGAAACAGAUAAAACGCACAUAAAGUGUUCGAUGGAAUGCCUCACAGAAAGCCAAUAAGUUGUGUGUCAGUAUGAAUCCGUUCGCACAUUGUGAAAUCAGUUCUGACAUUGUUUAGUGAGUUGACUAUUGUCUAAAAGAUCUCUUCGUUGAUUUUAUUUACUUACUUUAAUGAAUCACCAGUUUUUUCAACGCUUACCUGAUUUUUCACUAGUUUAUUCGUUCUUUUGUUCAGUUUUUCUCUCUGUACAAGACCGGAUUCUAUGGUUAUGAUCACGUGGAGCUCGCGUGAUAUUAGUGUAUGCGUGAAGAUGUUGACAAGGCAAAGUCCUUCCAAGUUGAGUUUGCUUGUGGAAAUGGUGUUGAUGAUGAGGAGAAGCUUCGGUCGCAGUGGGCAACAGUUGAGAGAUUACCAACUUUUAAAAGGGUUACUACUGCUUUGUUACACACAGGAGAUGACUCGUCAGAUAUUAUUGAUGUUACUAAACUUGAGGAUGCUGAGAGACGGUUGUUGAUUGAAAAGCUCGUCAAACAAAUCGAAGCUGAUAACCUCCGUUUACUCAGGAAAAUAAGAAAGAGAAUCGACGAAGUUGGUAUAGAGUUACCAACGGUGGAAGUGAGGUUCAAUGACCUCUCUGUUGAAGCGGAAUGCCAAGUAGUUCAUGGAAAGCCUAUCCCAACUCUUUGGAAUACUAUCAAGGGCUCACUAUCUAAGUUCGUUUGUUCAAAGAAAGAAACCAAGAUAGGCAUCUUGAAAGGAGUGAGUGGAAUUGUAAGGCCUGGAAGAAUGACAUUGUUGCUUGGUCCUCCUGGUUGUGGUAAAACCACUCUUCUACAAGCACUUUCUGGAAGACUUUCCCAUUCUGUAAAGGUUGGAGGAAAAGUAAGUUAUAAUGGUUGCUUACUUUCAGAGUUUAUUCCAGAAAAAACGUCAAGUUAUAUCAGUCAAAAUGAUCUACACAUUCCAGAGCUGAGUGUGAGAGAGACUCUCGACUUCUCUGCGUGUUGCCAAGGCAUAGGAAGCCGUAUGGAAAUUAUGAAAGAGAUCAGUAGAAGGGAGAAACUAAAAGAAAUUGUUCCAGAUCCUGAUAUAGAUGCUUACAUGAAGGCAAUAUCUGUUGAAGGUUUGAAAAACAGUAUGCAAACUGACUAUAUUCUAAAGAUCCUGGGACUCGAUAUCUGUGCAGAUACACGAGCAGGAGAUGCCACAAGACCUGGAAUAUCUGGUGGCCAAAAGAGGAGGUUGACAACAGGUGAAAUUGUUGUGGGCCCAGCUACUACUCUGUUAAUGGAUGAAAUAUCGAAUGGUUUGGACAGCUCAACUACGUUCCAGAUAGUGUCGUGCCUCCAACAGUUGGCACAUAUAGCUGGAGCCACCAUACUGAUUUCACUUCUUCAGCCUGCACCAGAAACAUUUGAGCUUUUUGACGAUGUGAUUCUUUUGGGGGAAGGAAAGAUAAUUUACCAUGCUCCAAGAGCUGAUAUCUGUAAAUUCUUUGAAGGUUGUGGAUUUAAAUGUCCAGAGAGAAAAGGCGUUGCUGACUUCCUCCAGGAGGUUAUGUCUAGAAAAGAUCAAGAACAAUAUUGGUGCCACAGAAGCAAGCCCUACAGUUAUAUAUCUGUUGAUUCAUUCAUUAAGAAGUUUAACGAAUCAAAUCUUGGGUUUUUGCUGAAAGAAGAACUGUCAAAGCCGUUUGAUAAAUCCCAGACUCGCAAGGAUAGUCUAUGUUUUAGAAAAUACUCACUCAGUAAAUGGGAGAUGCUUAAAGCUUGCUCAAGGAGAGAAAUUCUUUUGAUGAAACGGAAUUCUUUCAUUUACUUGUUCAAAUCUGGACUGUUAGUGUUCAAUGCGUUAGUCACAAUGACCGUUUUUCUACAAGCUGGAGCUACGAGGGAUGCUCGUCAUGGGAAUUAUCUUAUGGGUUCUAUGUUCACUGCUCUCUUUAGACUUCUUGCCGAUGGGCUUCCAGAACUCACUUUGACUAUCUCCAGAUUGGGAGUGUUCUGCAAACAGAAAGAUUUAUACUUCUAUCCUGCUUGGGCAUAUGCAAUUCCUUCGAUUAUCUUAAGGAUACCUCUUUCGGUUCUUGAUUCAUUUAUUUGGACAGUACUGACAUAUUAUGUCAUUGGUUACAGUCCCGAAGUCGGAAGGUUCUUCCGGCACUUCAUUAUCUUACUUACAUUCCACCUUUCAUGUAUAUCAAUGUUUCGCGCUAUAGCGUCAAUCUGUCGCACAUUUGUUGCUUGCUCAAUUACUGGAGCUAUUUCGGUAUUGCUUCUCGCAUUGUUUGGAGGCUUUGUGAUUCCAAAAUCAUCCAUGCCUACUUGGCUGGGUUGGGGAUUCUGGCUUUCUCCCUUGUCAUAUGCUGAGAUUGGUUUAACCGCAAAUGAAUUUUUCUCUCCACGGUGGAGAAAGUUAACCUCUGGCAACAUUACAGCCGGGGAACAAGUGUUAGAUGUCCGUGGAUUGAAUUUUGGUAGGCACUCUUACUGGACAGCUUUUGGUGCUUUAGUUGGGUUUGUCUUGUUCUUCAAUGCCCUCUACACGUUGGCCCUGACAUAUCGGAAUAAUCCACAAAGAUCCCGUGCUAUUGUCUCGCAUGGGAAGAACUCUCAGUGCUCAGAAGAAGAUUUUAAACCCUGUCCUGAAAUCACAUCGCGAGCUAAAACAGGAAAAGUUAUCUUGCCUUUUAAGCCACUCACUGUCACAUUUCAAAACGUCCAGUAUUAUAUUGAGACUCCUCAGGGGAAGACACGGCAACUUCUCUUUGAUAUUACAGGCGCGUUGAAGCCCGGUGUUCUCACAUCUCUGAUGGGUGUCAGUGGAGCAGGGAAAACGACUCUUCUUGAUGUCCUUUCUGGAAGGAAAACCCGCGGUAUCAUCAAAGGAGAGAUCAGAGUAGGCGGGUAUCCUAAGGUUCAAGAAACAUUUGCACGAGUAUCAGGUUACUGUGAACAGUUUGAUAUUCAUUCCCCUAAUAUAACUGUGGAAGAGUCUUUGAAAUAUUCUGCUUGGCUUCGACUCCCCUAUAACAUCGAUGCAAAGACCAAGAACGAACUCGUCAAAGAAGUCCUCGAGACAGUUGAGCUUGAGGAUAUCAAAGAUUCCAUGGUGGGACUUCCUGGAAUAAGUGGUUUAUCUACAGAACAACGCAAAAGGCUGACAAUAGCCGUGGAACUUGUUUCUAACCCUUCCAUCAUAUUUCUGGAUGAACCUACAACAGGGCUGGAUGCAAGAGCCGCAGCCAUUGUUAUGAGAGCUGUGAAAAAUGUUGCUGAGACUGGGAGAACAGUUGUUUGCACGAUCCACCAGCCUAGCAUAGAUAUCUUUGAGACAUUUGAUGAGCUGAUCCUGAUGAAAGAUGGGGGACAGCUUGUCUACUAUGGUCCUCUUGGAAAACAUUCAAGUAAGGUUAUCAAAUACUUUGAGAGCAUCCCUGGAGUUCCAAAAGUCCAAAAGAAUUGUAAUCCAGCCACUUGGAUGUUAGAUAUUACUUGUAAAUCUGCAGAGCACAGACUUGGAAUGGAUUUUGCACAAGCAUACAAGGAUUCAACUCUGUACAAGGAGAACAAAAUGGUGGUUGAACAACUGAGUUCUGCGUCUCUGGGAUCAGAAGCUCUGAGCUUUCCUUCACGUUAUUCACAAACAGGUUGGGGGCAACUAAAGGCUUGCCUUUGGAAACAACAUUGCUCGUAUUGGAGAAACCCUUCACAUAAUCUCACUCGCAUAGUCUUCAUAUUACUCAAUUCUCUGUUAUGUAGCCUUCUCUUCUGGCAAAAAGCUAAGGACAUAAAUAAUCAGCAAGAUCUUUUUAGCAUAUUUGGCUCAAUGUACACUAUAGUAAUCUUCUCGGGAAUAAACAACUGUGCGACAGUUAUGAACUUCAUUGCAACCGAGCGCAAUGUUUUCUACCGUGAAAGGUUUGCGCGGAUGUACUCCUCAUGGGCGUAUUCAUUUUCUCAGGUCCUAGUUGAGGUUCCAUACUCACUACUCCAGUCUCUACUAUGUACGAUCAUUGUAUAUCCUAUGAUCGGCUACCAUAUGUCUGUUUACAAGAUGUUUUGGAGCUUGUACAGCAUCUUCUGCUCGUUGCUUAUCUUCAACUACUGUGGGAUGCUUAUGGUUGCUUUGACGCCAAACAUUCACAUGGCAUUGACUUUGCGCUCAACUUUUUUCUCCAUGGUGAAUCUGUUUGCUGGCUUUGUCAUGCCAAAACAGAAAAUCCCAAAAUGGUGGAUAUGGAUGUACUACCUGAGCCCUACAUCGUGGGUGUUGGAAGGAUUACUGAGUUCGCAGUAUGGAGAUGUCGAGAAAGAGAUAACAGUAUUUGGAGAGAAGAAGAGUGUUUCAGCUUUCUUGGAGGAUUACUUCGGCUACAAACAUGACUCCUUGGCUGUUGUAGCGUUUGUCCUCAUUGCUUUUCCUAUCAUCGUUGCUUCUCUUUUUGCCUUCUUCAUGAGCAAACUCAAUUUUCAAAAGAAAUAGUUCUUUUUAUUUUUGUCAGUUAGGCUUUUCUUUCUCUUAUGAUAUCAUCAUAAACGUUUUACAUUUUCUCUAUCUGGUCUCAAAAAUGGGCAAUUGUGAAGCACACAAAGAACAAGUUUUGAGAAUUGAUUCCAGCAGCAAAAGAUGAUCUUUUAUUACAUAUAACAACAUAACUAGAAAAUUCUUGAGAGGUGGCUUGGUUUUGUUGUUUAUUCAAAAUGCGGUAUGGACCAUACCGUAUGGUCUAAAAUGUUCGACGUAACGAUUCCAACGGAAUUGGCUCGAGAAAGCAACCCCUAUUU